CACUUUUGUUUAUUUUGAUACGAACCCAGACCCAAAAACGCAGGAAGCGUUGCCGGUUUUUUUUUCUCUCUUUCUCUUUCUCUCUCUAUAAUUCCUUGCCGGCGCUCUGCCCUCCGUCGCGAGAAUCAGAAUUUCGCGGCGAUUGUCUCUGUCGAAUCAAAUGGAGGGGUUCUAGGGUUUCGUAAACAACGCCGGAGACAUGUCUCGCCAAGUGGCCACGUCGCAUUUCCACAAAUCGAAGACUCUCGACAACAAAUAUAUGCUUGGAGAUGAGAUCGGAAAAGGAGCAUAUGGUCGAGUUUACAAGGGUUUGGAUUUGGAGAAUGGAGACUUUGUUGCAAUUAAACAAGUUUCUUUGGAGAAUAUUGCUCAAGAAGAUCUCAACAUUAUCAUGCAAGAGAUUGAUCUGCUCAAGAAUUUGAACCACAAAAACAUUGUGAAAUAUCUUGGAUCUUUGAAGACAAGGAGUCAUCUGCACAUAAUUCUUGAGUAUGUGGAGAAUGGCUCACUUGCAAACAUCAUCAAACCAAAUAAAUUUGGGCCAUUUCCAGAAUCACUGGUGGCUGUUUAUAUCUCUCAGGUCUUGGAGGGCUUGGUUUAUCUACAUGAACAAGGUGUCAUCCAUCGGGAUAUCAAGGGUGCAAAUAUAUUGACAACCAAAGAGGGUCUUGUGAAACUUGCUGACUUUGGUGUUGCGACAAAAUUAACUGAGGCAGAUGUUAAUACGCAUUCCGUUGUUGGGACACCAUAUUGGAUGGCCCCUGAGGUGAUCGAAAUGUCUGGGGUUUGUGCUGCUUCGGACAUUUGGAGUGUUGGUUGCACUGUGAUUGAGCUUCUUACAUGUGUACCUCCUUACUAUGACCUCCAGCCUAUGCCAGCUCUAUUCCGUAUUGUUCAGGAUGAUCAUCCUCCAAUACCAGAUGGCUUAUCUACUGACAUUACAGAUUUUCUGCGGCAGUGUUUUAAGAAGGAUGCUAGGCAGAGGCCUGAUGCAAAGACACUGCUUUCACAUCCUUGGAUACGGAACUGUAGGCGUGCUUUGCAGUCCUCUCUUCGUCAUAGUGGAACAUUGAGAAAUAUACAGGAAGAUGCUUCAGCUGAUGCAGAGAUUUCCAAUGGAGAUGAUCAAAGUAUUGGUGAAAGCCCUUCUGAUGAGAAAGCAGAAGUAAUUGCCUCUGAAUUUGAAAAUGAUUCCAGAAAAGAGUGUUUACCAACUGAGGUUGUUGAUACCGGCAAAUCUUAUACGGAUUCCAAUGGAGAUCUUAUUGAGGAUGAAGUUGACAAUCCAGAAGAGUAUGUUCAAUCAGAUCAAGUACCCACAUUGGCCAUUCACGAAAAAUCAUCUCUACCAACUACUUCUGGUAUAUUGCCUGCUAAUAAGGAUGUGGCUCCCCCUAGUCCAACAGAUUCUAACGAGGUACUAGACAUGGGUGAUCAGGAUGAAGCACUAAUGAAUGGUAAGGUGGGAUCUCCUAAGUCAAGAAAGAACAAUGUUUUAUAUAAAAAGAGUGAAGGGAAAUUUGGUUUCGUACCAAGAAGUCAGGAGAAUAGUUCUCGAAAGGCUGCAAAGGCACCAGUCAUUUUGGGCGGAAAUGAGCUAAGUAAAUUUAGUGACACGCCAGGAGAUGCUUCUUUGGAAGAUUUAUUUCAUCCACUGCAUAAGAAUCCUGAGGAUCAGGCAGCUGAAGCUUCAACAUCUGCAUCCUCAUCGCAUGUUGUACAAGACAAUGCAUUCAUAAAUGAUGCUGGAAAAAAUGACCUGGCAACAAAGUUGAGGGCUACAAUUGCUCAGAAACAAAUGGAGAAUGAGAUUGGGCAAACAAAUGGAGAUCUCUUCAGUUUAAUGUUGGAUGUUCUGAAGGAGGACGUGAUGGAUAUUGAUGGUUUGGUUUUUGAUGACAAAAUGCCUGGAGAGAACCUUUUUCCCCUACAGGCUGUUGAGUUUAGCAGAUUAGUUGGGUCAUUAAGACCACAGGAACCAGAAGAUGUGAUCGUGUCUGCCUGUUUGAAGCUUAUAUCCAUUUUUCACCAACGCCCUGAGCAGAAAGGUGUUUUUGUUACUCAGCAUGGUUUACUCCCCCUCAUGGAACUACUUGAAGUUUCUAGAACUCGUGUUAUAUGUUCAGUGCUUCAAAUUGUAAAUCAGAUAAUCAAGGAUAAUACCGAUUUCCAGGAAAAUGCUUGUCUUGUUGGCCUGAUCCCUGUUGUUAUGGGCUUUGCAGUACCUGAUCGUCCCCGGGAAGUUCGUAUGGAAGCCGCUUAUUUCUCGCAGCAGCUUUGUCAGUCUAGCUCCUUGACAUUGCAAAUGUUCAUUGCUUGUGGUGGAAUACCUGUUUUAGUGGGCUUUCUGGAGGCUGAUUAUGUGAGGUACAGGGAAAUGGUUCAUCUAGCUAUUGAUGGCAUGUGGCAGGUCUUCAAGCUUCAGCGAUCAACACCUAGAAAUGAUUUCUGUCGCAUAGCUGCAAAGAAUGGAAUACUUCCUAGGCUUAUAAACACUCUUUAUAGUUUGAAUGAGGCUGCUCGUCUAGCUUCCAUAGCUGGUGGUAGUGGAUUUACAAUAGAAGGUUUGGCUCCGCGACCACGUUCUGGUUCACUGGAUCCCAGCUCUCCUAUUUUUAUUCAGGGUGAGAUAUCACUUACCGGAAUCGAUCAUCCUGAUCUCCUUAAGGUUAGGCAUGGGCUAAUUGAUCAUUCCUUGUCAACUGCAACCCAAGAACCUUCACGUGUUUCAGCAUCACAUCCCCAAAGGUCAGAUGCUAACCAACCAGAUUCCCGAUACUUCUCUCUGGAUACUGACAGGCCUGCAAUGGAAGCUUCAGUUGCUUCUAAAUUACAAGACCUUGCAUUUUCAGAAAAAGUUGCAAAUAUGCAAACAAAGGAAUCUUCUGGAACUAUUUUGAAAGAGCGAGAAAACUUGGACCGCUGGAAAAUUGAUCCACAACGAGUCCCUAAUUCGGCUAAUAGGACAUCAGUAGACAGACCUUCAAAAUUGGUGGAAGGUGUGUCAAAUGGGUUUCCUAGUACAAUAGGGACCCAGCAAGAGCAAGUUCGACCUCUUCUUAGCUUGUUGGAUAAGGAGCCCCCUUCCCGGCAUUUUUCUGGUCAGCUAGAGUAUGUACGGCACCUCUCUGGGUUGGAGAGACAUGAAAGCAUACUGCCUCUACUACAUGCAACCAAUGAGAAGAAAACAAAUGGUGAACUAGAUUUUCUGAUGGCAGAAUUUGCAGAGGUUUCUGGUCGUGGAAGAGAAAAUGGAAAUCUGGAUUCUGCACCUAGAAUUUCAAAUAAAACUGUAAAUAAGAAGAUUCCAUUGGCAUCUAAUGAGGGUGCUGCUUCUACAUCUGGGAUUGCUUCUCAGACAGCAUCAGGUGUACUGUCUGGUUCUGGUGUUUUAAAUGCUAGGCCAGGAAGUGCAACGUCAUCUGGGUUGCUUUCCCAUAUGGUAUCAUCACUCAAUGCUGAUGUUGCUAAGGAAUAUCUAGAAAAGGUUGCAGACCUUCUGCUGGAGUUUGCCCAAGCAGAUACGACAGUAAAAUCCUACAUGUGUAGCCAAAGCUUGCUUAGCCGUCUUUUUCAGAUGUUCAAUCGGAUAGAGCCGCCUAUUCUUUUGAAGAUACUAAAGUGUAUCAAUCAUUUGUCAACCGACCCAAAUUGCUUAGAAAAUCUUCAGCGUGCCGAUGCAAUCAAAUACUUGAUCCCAAACCUUGAACUCAAAGAAGGACCUCUUGUAUUUCAAAUACAUUAUGAGGUCCUCUAUGCAUUAUUCAACCUCUGCAAGAUAAAUAAGAGGAGGCAAGAACAAGCAGCUGAAAAUGGAAUCAUUCCACACUUGAUGCAUUUUAUAAUGUCAGAUUCUCCCUUGAAACAACAUGCAUUGCCUCUACUGUGCGAUAUGGCCCAUGCAUCACGUAACUCAAGGGAGCAAUUAAGGGCCCAUGAUGGGUUGGAUGUGUACUUAAGCCUACUUGAGGAUGAGAUUUGGUCUGUGACAGCAUUAGAUUCUAUUGCUGUGUGCUUGGCCCAUGACAAUGACAACCGGAAAGUGGAACAGGCAUUGCUGAAAAAGGAUGCAAUUCAGAAAUUGGUCAAAUUCUUCCAGUGCUGUCCUGAACAACAUUUUGUGCACAUAUUGGAGCCCUUCUUGAAGAUUAUCACGAAAUCAUCCCGGAUAAAUACAACACUAGCUAUUAAUGGGUUGACACCCUUGCUUAUUGCAAGGCUUGACCAUCAGGAUGCUAUAGCUCGUCUUAAUCUGCUCAAACUAAUAAAGUCUGUUUAUGAGCACCAUCCACGGCCAAAGCAACUGAUCGUGGAGAAUGAUCUGCCUCAGAAGCUCCAGAAUCUGAUUGAGGAGCGCAGAGAUGGGCAACGUUCUGGAGGCCAAGUGUUGGUUAAACAGAUGGCUACUUCUCUCCUUAAAGCACUCCAUAUCAACACCGUUUUGUAAAUUCAGGUCCCUAAAUUUCUUUUCCCUAAUGUAUAUUUGGUCUGUCUAGGAAGGAAUGUAUUUACAUCAUCCUUUUUUUUUCCCUUUUCUUUUUUGGGUUCUCUUAAUUUCUUUUUCGUUUAUUGUUUUUGAACCCCCUUUCUAAAUAUUGUGGAGCAAACAAGAUCUGGGGAUGUCGCUUUAUUUAUAUCUGGGAUGCCUUCAAGUUCCAGAUGGGUGGCUUUUUUUGCAUGAGUGAGCUGCCAAAAUCCAAAAUUGUUUCCCUUCUCCUUCACUACUCUGUUCUCUUGGCUCAAAUUGUGUAUAAUGUAAACCUCUUAUAGGUACGUACUUUACAAACCUAUACGACUGCAAAGGACUUUUCGUUAAUUUUCUUAGAAUAUUUUAAUAGAAGAUACCUUUCCUGCGUGUGCAUGGACCCUA